GUCUCUCUCUAGCUAAGCAACAUAAUAAUAGAAGAAGAAGAGGACACGAGAAGAAGAAGCAAGGAAAGCAACUCUCACUAACAAAACCAGAUCGAUAUAGAAGCGCAAAACAUUGAAAGUUUCUGAUCAUCAAGCAUUAAUCUUGGCCAUCUAGAGCCGUAUUUCCCAUGGAAGUUAGCCGGAAAAUAACCAACAUGCUGGGCACCGAUCAGCGUGAUUUGAACUUCAAGGAGACUGAGCUUUGUCUCGGAUUGCCUGGUGGCGGUACUGGAAGUGAGCCUGAGACUCCGAAAGCUACCGGAAAGAGAGGGUUCUCCGAGACUGUUGAUCUGAAACUUAAUUUUCAGUCUAAGGAAGAUAACAUCAAGAAUGCUUCAAAGGAAAAGAACCUCCUUCCUUGCACCAAGGAUCCGGCCAAACCACCAGCCAAGGCGCAAGUUGUGGGUUGGCCACCUGUGCGAUCAUACCGGAAGAAUAUCAUGGCUCAGAAGAACACAAGUGAGGAGGGAGAGAAGGCAACGAGCAGUACUACUGCAGCCUUCGUUAAGGUUUGCAUGGACGGUGCGCCAUAUCUUCGUAAAGUGGACUUGAAAAUGUACGAGAGCUACCAACAACUAUCUGAUGCCUUGGCCAAGAUGUUCAGUUCCUUCACCAUGGGCAAUUAUGGGGCCCAAGGAAUGAUUGACUUCAUGAACGAGAGUAAGUUGAUGGAUCUUCUGAACAGUUCCGAGUAUGUGCCAACCUAUGAAGAUAAGGAUGGUGACUGGAUGCUCGUUGGAGAUGUUCCAUGGGAGAUGUUUGUUGAUUCAUGCAAGCGCCUUCGCAUAAUGAAAGGAUCAGAAGCUAUUGGACUUGCCCCAAGAGCCAUGGAGAAGUGCAAGCUUAAGAACCGAAGCUGAACUACGCUUAAUUAUUUUAGCUUGGCCUGCUUCUCUCCAUCCAUGAGGAUUAAAAGCUUCAGGGUGUUCUUUGAUUGUGUCUGUAUGUUAUUUAAUCGUAUAUAGAUAUCAAAAUUAGAAUCUGGACAUUUGUAAUAGACAAGAAGCAAUAAACUUAGCUCGAUUGUCUGCCUUGUUUAUUGCUAAUGGCUUGUUUAAUAAUCACCUAUUUAGACAUUGUUUGUUGCUGUCCUGCUGUCAUAGUUGUUGUGUGUUUUAUUCCUUCAAUUUUAAUAUUAAUGCCACUCUUUUUUUCCCCAGAA